AUGUCACUAUUUGAGCGCGUCAGCGCUAUGGAAGAAUAUGAGCCGUGGAGUCGCGAGCAGAGCCCCAAUGGCCGCCAGCGCAAGAUGAGCUUCAAUCCUGUGGGCUCCUGGGUACCGGAAGCUGCCCAGGAGGAGCCAGUGGGUGCCUUCGAGGUGCCCAAGACCAAGAGGAUAUUCCAGGUCUUCUUCGCCGUUAUCUACUGCCUUCUCGCCGCCGGAAUAGUCUUCGGAUACGCCGCCAUCAAGCCCGUACUGAUUAAGGAAGAGGUAUAUCGGGGAUACUGUACCAAAGAAGAACUAGAGGAGGGCGUACGUGUGUGCUUCGAGCAGGAGAUCCGGCUCAACUUUAUGUUCACCGUAGCCGCAGUCUCCACUAACGUCGUCGCCCUUCCCGUUGGCACAGUCCUCGACCGCUAUGGUCCCCGCGUUUGCGGCAUUGUCGGCUCACUCUUCGUCGCCAUCGGCUGUCUGUUCUUCGCCUUCGCCUGGCAGCUACCUUUUGAUGGAUAUAUCCCCGGCUACCUCUUCCUGGCCCUCGGAGGCCCUUUUAUCUUCAUAUCUUCGUUCCAAUUAAGCAACACCUUCCCGCAAUAUUCUGGUCUUAUCCUCGCUCUUCUCACUGGCGCGUUCGACACGUCCAGUGCUAUAUUCUUGUUCUAUAGACUAAUCUACACAGCCAGCGGAGGCACAUUCUGGCCCGAAAAGUUUUUCCUGGCUUACCUGGUGGUACCCGUAUUCAUCCUUGUUGUCCAAUUAUUUGUCAUGCCGUCAAAUUCCUACAAGACCGUCGGAGAGCUUGUCACGCAAGCCGAAGAAGACACAAGCUUCGACGACCACGCAUCCGAUAGCCAAAUCAACAACCCCGCAGAAGUCCAACGCCUCCGCGAGGCCCGCCGCGUCCACCGCGAAAGUAUCGUUAGCGAAAUUACCGAGCUCCUAGGAAGCGCAGACGCGAAUGAGCAGACUAAGAACGAAGAGAAGAAGAAGAACGUGUCCGGGGUCUGGGGCGCUUUACACGGCCGUACCGCAACUGAGCAGAUCAAGAGCCCGUGGUUUAUUCUUAUCACCCUAUUCACGGUCAUCCAAAUGACCCGCAUCAACUACUUCGUCGCCACCAUUCGCCCGCAAUACGAGUACCUUUUGGGUUCCUACCAAAGCGCUGUCGAAAUCAACAACUUCUUCGACUUCGCCCUCCCUUUCGGCGGCGUCAUCUCCGUCCCUUUCAUCGGCCUGAUCCUCGACAACACCAGCACCCCCUUCUGCCUCGGCGUCCUCGUCGCCAUCGCCACCACCAUCGGCGUCCUCGGCGUGAUCCCUCAAACCUGGGCCGCCUACGCAAACGUCUGCCUCUUCGUGGUCUACCGUCCCUUAUACUACACCACCGUCUCCGACUACGCCGCCAAAGUCUUCGGCUUCGCCACCUUCGGCAAGGUCUACGGGCUGAUCAUCUGCCUGGCGGGGCUGUUCAACUUCUCCCAGUCGGCGCUCGACGCCAUGACGCACAAGCUCUUCAACAACAACCCGAUCCCCGUCAACGUGAUCCUGCUCGGCCUGGCGCUGCUGGUCGGCGUGACGCUCGUCGGGUUCGUGUGGAAGAAGAGCAACACGAUCCACCGCGAGAACAUCGAGGAGGAGGCCGAGGGCGCGCGCGAGACGCUCAUGCCGGGGGCGGCGCUGAAUGGGGUGAAUGGGUACGGGGCUACGGAUAGCCAUUAAAAGCGGACAUGAGUGCGGGAGUAGAGGGGGAGGGGGGUAAGGCGGAAAAUUGAGAGAGAUUAGAAGAAUGAGUGAUGAAUCUCAUUAGAGUGGCGUUUUGCGGUGUGCAUGAUACCUUGGCAAUUUUUCGGUACGAUCAAGAGGGUUUGCAUAUGGGUGGUUUUAUUGAUAUUAUUUUUUGUAUAGGGUCUGGAUGGAGGUGUGGAUGGUGGGGAUGGGAUGCAGUAGCGUUUUUUGUACGUCUAUGUACAUACAUACGAAUGACCCGAUAAAGACGAG